AUGACUAGACUAGGCUUCCCUGCGCGCAACUUGGGCUCCAUACUUACAACAUCUAAAUUGUUAAAUAGCGUAAACGUGACCCUAUCAAUUCUAAGGAUCAGGAAGUUGUGCCUUGUUUAUUGCGUUGAUGUGAACGUUUUAACGGCAACAACUGACUUCCACAUCCCUCUCACCAAGCUACAUAGCCGGCUUCCUUCCAUCAACGACGCAUGGCAGCCGAUAAGAACCCGCAAUCUGACUGGACGGGCUCGAGAGUCGGUUUCGAAGUUGCGAUCACUGCUGCAAGUAGGUAGUUCAGCUGCUCCUGCAGGAUUGCAGACUGGCGCAAUGCGGCCUAUGAGAGGCGUUUCGGAUGCCAACCCUGCCGAUGCAUCGCCCUCUCGAACGGAUUACCGGACAUUGGGAGCACAUUAUGUGUCAGCCGCUAGCCUCAGUUCAGAGUUGGCAAACAUUCUCAGUUCAAGCGAAUCCAGCCUUGAUCUCAGACGAGUAAUCACCAUGAACGGCGGUCCGGUGGCUAGCAAGGCGAUCCACAUCAGCAACAGGCACUUUGUUGAAGAUGCCAGCACAGACCUUCCAGCCAAUGUGACCAGGUUCUUCAUCGAUUACGAGUGCCUUGGCUUGAUUGAAGGUACCAUACGGAUUAAAAGAUUUUUUCUUUCCUGGUAUCUUUCUCUUUCUGCUCCUAGUUUCAAUCACAUCCUAUUCUUAAUCAGAACGAAGACACACUCUGCCACCAGCCCCUCCAAUCAAUCCAAACUUCUGGUUGUAAACGAAGCAUCAAUGGUCUCCGCAUGUCAAGCCUGGAACGGCCCAAAUCUGAAACCAGGGCGGCGAAUGCGUGUUGAGCAGUAUGUUAGACGCCGGUGGAAUGGCCUUGAGUAUUUAGCUACGUACCUCCUCGUUGAAAACGACACCAAGAUCGGUUUGGAGGAUCGGCCGGCUGCUCGAGGGCUUCAGCGCGGCUUUGUAGAGGUGGGUGAGCCUCAGGAGGACCAAGCCAUUAAUAUUAGUUUUGCUGAUGAGAAUAGCACGGAGAUGUCUCCACGAUAUGUCGGCGAAGCAUACAUCGUUGUCGACAGUAGCACUUGCUUGUUGUCUGCCCACUAUCGCAGUCUACCGGUUACGCUCGACCUCUGCAGCGGCAAUGUCGUAGACGCGUUCCACAUCGGCAUCCAACGAGCCACAGUAUCUACCGUAGGCCUUGCGGUCCACCUUGUUCUCUUUCAGAAUGGCAACAGGCUUCCUGUGCCGCUCGCCAUAAUUCUGAUGCAACAGUCCCACUAUGUCUUCCAUAAUAUUAGGAAUUCAAUGUACAGAUGCAAGCCCAUGAUGAGCUACAAUCGUGACCGGGAAGAGGUGUUUGAAGAAUCCAGUAAAAUCGUGAAACAAGUACGUCGCUUCAUCAGUGGCGGAGAUCCACGAAUCAGCAUCGUCGGGCAGCGGAGGAGCAGCAUUCAUUCGUGUCCAAACCCGGCUGAGAAGGAACAUCAGGCCGCCCGCUAUUGGGAGGAGAAGCUUGUGGGCUUUACAAGGCGGAAGCAAUUACCAAUUUCCUCCCCUCACUGGGAUUUUCGACGGGUGGGUAUGGCCCCAGGUCCGGGUACACAUACCCAGCGCUGUCCCCGUCAACAUGCUCGCGGUGGCAAGGCUCUAAUAUCCCUGUUUGUGCUCAGGCCAUGUCUCGCGAUGCAGCUCACGGAAUGCGACCCAUGUCUUUUAGCAAACACCAUGAUGCAAAGUUCCUCUCCUGCUGAUGAUCGACCUUUCGCUCAACAUUGCUCAGGGUUGUAUCCCAAGCCUGGUCACAUUGCUCUUCGAUCUGAAGGCUCUCGAACAGGUACCAAAGCAACUCAUUUUCGCCAGCGCCUAGGAGAAUUUGGCGCUGUCUGGUCUCUUUGCUGCUUGAUUCUGGGAUUUAGCUUGUUCAGUCUCAAACAAGAAGCAUAUCCGUGCUCCCGUCUACCAGGCUAG